AUGACGCUUUUCGUUUCCAAGCACAAGGAGACAGGAUUCAAUCACUAGCUAGCUACCUAUUUGCUUGCUAGAAACUGCGUUUUGGAGACAAAUCGACCUCAGAAUAGAAGACGCUUCGCGUGGCAAUAAAUUGCUGUAUCUGAAAGUGUUGAUUUUCUGUAUUUGUAAAAAAAAAAAAAGAGCUAGCUAGCUAGCUAACAUUGCAUAUCCAUCAUCUGGUAACUGCUAAGUUACAGAAAUGGCUGAGCUGGGUUUCAAUGAACACCACCAAAAUGAGGUGAUCAACUACAUGCGCUUUGCACGCUCCAAGAGGGCUUUGAGACUGAAGACCAUUGACUCCUGUUUCCAGGACCUCAAAGAGAGCAGGCUGACGGAGGAGACCUUCACGGUGGACGAGGUGACGGAUCUGCUGGAGGGGCUGCGGGCGGUGGUGCGGGGCGAGGUGGAGACGGAGCUCAUCAACACGGCCCACACCAACGUGCUGCUCCUGCGUCAGCUCUUCUCCCAGGCCGAGAAGUUCUACCUCAAGCUUCAGACGGACGCCUCCGAGCUGGAGAACAGGGACCUGUUAGAGCAGGUGGCAGAGUUGGAGAAAGCAGAGUUUAAAAGCACCAACAGAAAGGCAACUCAGGAGUCCAGCAAACCAAAACUGGCCCCUUUGAAUGAAGGAGGGGUGUCUGAGCUUCUCAACAAGGAGAUUUCCCGGCUCCAAGAGGAGAACGAUAAGCUGAAGUCCAGGCUUCGCAUGAUAGAGUCACAGGCUACGAGUGCAUUAGAUGAGAAGUGUAAAAUGGAACAGGCCCUGAAGGACCUACAGAGGGUCCAGGGAGACCAGCAGUGGGCGGUGCGGUCCCAGGAGAUUGACAGCCUGGAGCAGUCGGUGGCCACGCUGAAAGCCAACUUCCAGGACGCCCUGAGCACCAGCUCCGCCACGCAGAAGGACCUGCAGCACAACCUGGUCUCCGCCAAACACGACCUGCUGCGCCUGCAGGACCAGCUGACUGAGGCUGAGAGGGAGUUGGAGAAGAAGUUCCAGCAGACGGCUGCCUAUCGCAACAUGAAGGAGAUGUUGACCAAGAAGAACGAGCAGAUAAAGGAGAUCAGGAAGCGGUUGCAGAAGUAUGAGCCGGAUGAGUGAUCAGGAUGAAACCCCGGCCCGGGAGGACAACACGGACAACGCAAAAGACGAGGGAGCCAGACGCUGCAGCACCUGAAAAACGAGCUCUGGACAGCCUGGCGUACCUGCCCGUGUGACGGACACUGUCCUAGGACCGAGGAAGAAGUCGGACGGACGUGUCAACUGAAGAAUGAAUACUGUAUAAUAGCAAGCAGUGACGGACCCGUCGAGGAAUUCCACAACUGCUUCCUGUUAUACUCGGGUAGGACAUGUAAGAGUGUAAAAAUAGUUAAAACGUAAGUGUAGAAAGACUGUUAACUAGGAAGUCAGUGGCUAGUCUGACCUGGACGGCAGGGGGAUUUGGACAGUCGGAGAUACGAUAGUUUGGCUGGACAUUGACCAUUUAUUUUUGCUCUGUGGUAUUCUCACAUUCCUAUUCGGAAAAAAUGAGCGCCUCCUAUUAGCAUUUAUUUUCUCAAUAGGAGGCUCUGUGCCAUAGUGUUUAUAUUUUGUACAUCUCUGCAUACAGGGAGUUUCUGAUGAAUAAGAGACCCUAUUUUUUACCACGUCUGCUUGUGUGUGAAUGUCUCUGGGAGUGAUAUCGUGGUGACCCUGCAGUGGCAGCAGUCACUGUUGAGCAGUGUAAACGAUUGUAUUGGAUAAAGUGUUUCAGCUUGACAAGGCGUGUUGCCCUGUCAUUGGCCACCCGCAAAAAUAAAAGCAUCUGACACUUC